UUCUGCGUGAUGAAUUUCGCAUAGAACCCCAGAAUACACGCAUAGCUCAAGGUGAUACCGCCCUCUUGGAAUGUUCAGCACCACGUGGCGUACCCGAACCGGUGGUGUUGUGGAAAAAAGGUGGCAACAUAAUCGAUUUUGAAUCAUCGAAACGUAUACGCAUUGUUGAUGGUGGCAAUUUAGCCAUACAGGAUGCUCGACAAAGUGAUGAGGGUCAAUAUCAGUGUAUUGCAAAAAAUCCUGUUGGCGUUCGAGAAUCAGCGAUAGCCACAUUGAAAGUUCAUGUGAAACCAUUUAUAAUACGUGGCCCCCAUGAUCAAACGGUUUUAGAAGGUUCAUCAGUAACAUUCCCCUGUCGUGUUGGCGGUGAUCCAAUGCCUGAUGUUUUAUGGCUGCGUACAGCUUCUGGCGGCAAUAUGCCAUUAGAUCGUGUCAGUGUACUGGAAGAUCGAAGUUUGCGAUUGGAGCGUGUCACUGUGGCUGAUGAGGGUGAAUAUAGCUGUGAGGCUGAUAACAUUGUGGGAGCCAUUUCAGCCAUGGGUACUCUGACAGUAUACGCACCACCCAAAUUUUUACAACGUCCCACUAGUAAAUCUGUAGAAUUGGGUGCCGACACUUCAUUUGAAUGUCGUGCCACCGGCAAUCCUCGCCCCACAAUCUUUUGGACCAUUAAAAAUAAUAGAACCAUCAUAUUCCCCGGUGCACCACCGUUAGAUCGUUUCCAAUCGAUUAAUACCGAAGAGGGUCACUCCAUAUUGACGCUAACGAAAUUUCAACGCAGUGACAAAGAUUUAGUUAUUGUCUGCAAUGCCAUGAACGAAGUGGCCACCAUAACCACACGGGCACAAUUAACUUUAGACUCACAGGAAGAUAGACCACCGCCAAUCAUCAUAAUGGGACCGGUUAAUCAAACACUACCUGUCAAAAGUUUGGCCACACUGCAUUGCAAGGCAAUUGGACUGCCUAACCCCACCAUUUCGUGGUAUCGUGACGGCAUACCCAUUCAUCCGACGGCAAAAGUUAAUUUGACCACAGCAGGUGAUUUAAUAAUUUCCGAUUUAGAUAGGCAACAGGAUCAGGGCCUGUAUACAUGUGUGGCCAGCAGUCGUACGGGCAAGAGUACAUGGAGUGGCUAUUUGCGCAUCGAAGUGCCCACAAAUCCCAACAUCAAAUUCUAUCGGGCACCUGAACAAAGUAAGUGUCCUUCAGCUCCUGGUCAACCGAAAGUAUUAAAUGCAAGUGCCGAUUCACUGACCAUCGUCUGGCCAACAAGUGAUAAGCCAGGAGCCUCACCACUGCUGGGCUAUUCGGUGGAAAUGUAUUCGACGAAUAAAAGUAAAACAUGGAUACCGAUUGCAUCACGCCUGAUUGAACCUAUUUUCACAGUUGAUGGGUUGACAAAUGGUGCGGCAUACAUGUUUAUUGUGCGCGCCGAGAAUGCCUUGGGUUUCUCCCCGCCCUCACCCAUAUCUGAACCGAUAACAGCCGGCCAGCUAGUGACCAGGGGUAGUCAUCGUGGUGCCGGCAGCGGCAUGAAUGGUGCGGGUGGUGUCAAUGAAGAUUUGAUGUUCGCCGAAGUGGAGACGUUGUUGCAAACGAACGACGUUGUUGAACUACUUGAAGCCAAUGCCACAGACUCGACUAGUGUACGGCUGGCAUGGGACAUCGAUAGCGGCCAAUAUAUUGAAGGAUUUUAUAUUUAUGCACGUGAACUACAUUCGGCCGAGUAUAAAAUGAUGACAGUCUUAAAUGCGGGCAAUGGUGCGAGCGCGUGUACCGUUAAUGGUUUGGCUAAGGCGAGUAAAUACGAGUUUUUUCUUGUGCCAUUUUACAAGAGCGUCAUAGGAAAGCCAACAAAUUCGAAGCAAUGCUCAACAAUGGAAGAUG